AUGGCCAUGGCAUGCCACAUCGUCCAUGAUGACACCCCCUGCCACUCUCUCCACAUCGCCUAUGGCCCACUACCAUUGUUAAAUAUUCACACCCACCUUGGCACAUGCACACCCACCAACCACAAUGGCAACAAUGAGCGCCUGCUCGGUCAACAGUGCAUGGAGAAGACAAUGUGGCACCUCAAUGAUCCCCUUGGGAUGUGCCAUGUCAUCCAGACAGCGAUGACAGUAUGUGUAGGGCAGGAUGAUGCAAAGAAUGGGGUGACGACGGACAACAACAAGGACAUCCCAGAGGAUGUCAGGGAUACCAGUUCAGAGCUUGAAGGUUCUGGGAGUCAUGGGUCUGAUGAUGGCUCAGAUAGUGACUCAUCAAGCUCUUUGAUGGCUUCUUCGCAGCCUCAUAGCUAUGCCAACCACUUGAUGGAUCACAUACUCCUGCUAAAAUCAGCAAGGGACAAGAUGGCUGCACCAAAAGCAAAUGGGCACACACCUCCAAAGAAGAAGAAGAAAGCUGCCAUAACGAUGGCGAAACCAGUCUUUGCAAUAGCUGCUGAAACCAAGGCCAAGAACAUCACAUACAACCUGGUGAUAUUCCCCACAUCCGAGUGCAUGAAAGAACUGAAGAAACGAGCAGGAACAAACACCUUUAUGAAGCUUGAAGAGGAAGAGCCAUUUGAUACAUGGAAGGCACAACUUCUGGUUUGCAUUGACAAGACACUCACCCCAACUGUACUCGACUUUGCCAACUACGAAACAACCUUCACAGUGCCUCACAUUUCAACUGCUCCCAUGGCCAUAUCAUGCGACGAGGAGUACACAGACAUGUUAGAGUGUAUCAGGAGGACAAAGGACCUUGUAUGUGCUGUUUUUGUUCAGGAGCACCAGCAGAUGCUGUCAUCCAAGAAGCAUGAGAAAGAGAAUAUUCCCAAAGAAAAUGAGGACGAGAACAUGGAGGAUGAGUGA